CUUUUUCCUCUUAUUGGGUAUGGCUGGAAACUCCCCCAAGCUGCAGAGUUUAAACAGCCCUGGGGAACCUGCCUGUGCUGGGUGGAGUCUGAGUUAAGGUCGGAAGUAUCUUUCAGGGAGCCAGGAGCUCAGGAUCAUGUCGGGGAAGCCCAGGCUUAUCUACUUGAAUGGAAGGGGCCGGAUGGAGUCCAUACGAUGGCUGUUGGCGGCAGCUGGUGUGGAGUUUGAAGAAGUUUAUUUGGAAACAAAAGAGCACUUUGAGAAGUUAAUCAAAGAUGGAUCCCUGCUCUUCCAGCAAGUGCCCCUGGUUGAGAUCGAUGGGAUGAAGAUGGUGCAGACCAGAGCCAUCAUGAGCUACAUAGCAGGGAAAUACAAUCUCUAUGGGAAAGACUUGAAGGAGAGAGCCCUGAUUGACAUGUAUGUGGAGGGAAUAUCAGAUCUGAUGCAAAUGAUUUUGAUGUUUCCUUUCUCUCCACCUGAUGCAAAGAAGAAAAAUCUUGAGUCAAUUAAGGAGAGAGCUACUAACAGGUACUUUCCAGUCUUUGAAAAGGUUUUGAAACAACACGGCCAAGACUUUCUUGUGGGCAACAAAUUCAGCUGGGCAGAUGUUCAGCUAAUGGAAGCCAUUUUAGCAGUGGAGGAGAAAGUUCCUGAUGUGCUCUCAGGGUUUCCUCAGUUGCAGGUGUUUAAAACCAAAAUGAGCAAUAUGCCUACAAUUAAGAAGUUCCUGCAGCCUGGCAGCCCAAGGAAACCCCCACCAGAUGCCCAUUAUGUAGAAACUGUGUUGAAGAUUUUUAAGAUAUGAAAGCCUUGCCACCUUUGGUGAGACCCAAAAUGCUGGGAGAGCAGGAGAAAGCAGAGCAGCAACCCCAAACCCUAAACCAAAGGAGAAGGAAGCUCAGCAAAUUAGUAUUGUUUUAGUUAAAACCAGUACUAGAGGAACAAAGCAACCCAUACCAGAAAUAAAGCAUUCUGUUACACUGGCAAUGUGACAGCAGCUUUUUCUUUAUUGAUAUCAAAUGCUUGGCAAAACAUGAAAACAAAGGGGUAUGGAGGCAAAGAACGAUUUGUAGGGUUGGGAGUUUACUAAUUUGGAAAAAGAACAAUGCAGUGUUAGUAUUGGCAGAAUACAACUUGUUGGAGAAGAUAUUUUGUACAUGAAAAGAAGCUCAGAGUAACAGCUGUGGAAGACAAGAAAGAGAGGACUUGCAGCACCACUUACCCUUUAAAGAAGUUGUUUCAAAUUUCCAUUAUCAAUUUUAAAGCUUGUGGGUGAACUGGAUUUUUAAGGUCCCUCAGUAAAGUUUUUUCAAAACUGAUUACUUUUGUCUAUAAAUCAGGUAUUUCAAACCUGAAUGAUCAUACCAGCUACUCCCAAGGUGCUUACAAAUAUAUUACCUCUUGAGAGCAAAGUGUUGUGAAAGCAAGG